AAGACAUGUAACUCUAAAUGGUGUCUGUCUUCUUUCCUGGGCUAACUGAACUUUGCAGAGUUCACCUGGAACAUAAGGAAACAGAAGGUGUCAACUGGUCCCUUGUGCUCACUGGGGAAAUGGGGAGAGACAGAACUCAUGCAGGAGACCUGUAAUUCUGCUCUUUCUCUGGGAGGCAAGAAGAAAGGUGGGUUUUGCGUAUGGGUGAUGGAAUGGAAUAGUCUCAGAGUUAAGCAGACCACAAUUUAUGUUCCGCUUAGCCUCUUGUUUGUUAAAAAUUUGAAUUGUAACCAGGUUCCUUUGCUGAGAAGGAAGGCGCUAGGGCCCUGGAGCAAGAUGAUGGCUGUGUUAUGUGACCACAGAAGGUGGUUACGUACUAAUUUCCUCUAGGGCUUGUGAUGAAGUCAGUAAACCACAGACUUCAGCAUGCUCUGCUCAGGCGGCAGCAGUGGCUUUUUGGAGGUGUCUCGGCCAUGACACACAUUUGACAUGCCCUCCCUCAACCUGCUUAUAGACUAUUUCUCUUGCUCUGCAGCAUGGACCAAAGAGAUAUUCUGCAGAAGUUCCUGGAUGAGGCCCAAAGCAAGAAAAUUAACAAAGAGGAAUUUACCAAUGAAUUUCUGAAGCUGAAAAGGCAAUCUACCAAGUACAAGGCAGACAAAACCUAUCCUACAACUGUGGCUGAGAGGCCCAUGAAUAUCAAGAAAAACAGAUAUAAGGAUAUUUUACCCUAUGAUUAUAGCCGAGUAGAACUAUCCCUGAUAACCUCUGAUGAGGAUUCCAGCUACAUCAAUGCCAACUUCAUUAAGGGAGUUUAUGGACCCAAGGCUUAUAUUGCCACCCAGGGUCCUUUAUCUACAACCCUCCUGGACUUCUGGAGGAUGAUUUGGGAAUACAGCAUCCUUAUCAUUGUUAUGGCAUGCAUGGAGUAUGAAAUGGGAAAGAAAAAGUGUGAGCGCUACUGGGCUGAGCCAGGAGAGAUGCAGCUGGAAUUUGGCCCUUUCUCUAUAUCCUGUGAAGCUGAAAAAAGGAAAUCUGAUUAUAUAAUCAGGACUCUAAAAGUUAAGUUCAAUAGUGACACUCGAACUAUCUACCAGUUUCAUUACAAGAAUUGGCCAGACCAUGAUGUACCUUCAUCUAUAGACCCUAUUCUUGAGCUCAUCUGGGAUGUACGUUGUUACCAAGAGGAUGACAGUGUUCCCAUAUGCAUUCACUGCAGUGCUGGCUGUGGAAGGACUGGUGUUAUUUGUGCUAUUGAUUAUACAUGGAUGUUGCUAAAAGAUGGGAUAAUUCCUGAGAACUUCAGUGUUUUCAGUUUGAUCCAGGAAAUGCGGACACAGAGGCCUUCAUUAGUUCAAACUCAGGAACAAUACGAACUGGUCUACAAUGCUGUAUUAGAACUAUUUAAGAGACAGAUGGAUGUUAUCAGAGAUAAACAUUCUGGAACAGAGAGUCAAGCAAAGUAUUGUAUUCCUGAGCAAAAUCACACUCUCCAAGCAGACUCUUAUUCUCCUAACUUACCAAAAAGUACCAUAAAAGCAGCAAAAACGAUGAACCAACAAAGGACAAAAAUGGAAAACACAGAAUCUUCUUCCUUUGACUUUAGGACUUCUGAAAUAAGUGCAAAGGAAGAGCUAGUUUUGCACCCUGCUAAAUCAAGCACUUCUUUUGACUUUCUGGAGCUAAAUUACGGUUUUGACAAAAAUGCUGAUACAACCAUGAAACGGCAGACAAAGGCAUUUCCAACAGUUGGGGAACCUCUUCAGAAGCAUCAAAGUUUGGAUUUGGGCUCUCUUUUGUUUGUGGCAUGUUCUAAUUCUAAACCUGUAAAUGCAGCAGGAAGAUAUUUUGAUUCAAAGGUGCCAAUAACACGGACCAAAUCAACUCCUUUUGAAUUGAUACAGCAGAGAGAAACCAAGGAGGUGGACAGCAAGGAAAACUUUUCUUAUUUGGAAUCUCAACCACAUGAUUCUUCUUUUGUAGAGCUGCAGUCUCAAAAAGUAAUGCAUGUUUCCUCAGCAGAACUGAAUUAUCCACUGCCGUAUGACUCUAAACACCAAAUAUGUAAUGCCUCUAAUGUGAAGCACCAUGACUCUAGUGCUCUUGAUGUAUGUUCUUACAUACCUUUAGUGGAAGAUCCUUAUUUUUCAUCAUGGCCUCCAAGUAGUACCGGUUCUAAGAUGUCUCUUGAUUUACCUGAGAAGCAAGAUGGAACUGUUUUUCCUUCUUCUUUGUUGCCAACAUCCUCUACAUCCCUCUCCUCUUAUUACAAUUCACAUGAUUCUUUAUCACUGAAUUCUCCAACCAAUAUUUCCCCACUAUUGAACCAAGAGUCUGCUGUACUAGCAACUGCUCCAAGGAUAGAUGAUGAAAUCCCCCCUCCACUUCCUGUACGGACACCUGAAUCAUUUAUUGUGGUUGAGGAAGCUGGAGAAUUCUCACCAAAUGUUUCCAAAUCCUUAUCCUCAGCUGUGAAGGUAAAAAUUGGAACAUCACUGGAAUGGGGUGGAGCAUCUGAACCAAAGAAAUCUGAUGACUCUGUGAGACUUAGACCAAGCAAGAGUGUAAAACUCCGAAGUCCUAAAUCAGAACUACAUCAAGAUCGUUCUUCUCCCCCACCUCCUCUCCCAGAAAGAACUCUAGAGUCCUUCUUUCUUGCCGAUGAAAAUUGUAUGCAGGCCCAAUCUAUAGAAACAUAUUCUACUAGCUGUCCUGACACCAUGGAAAAUUCAACAUCUUCAAAACAGACACUGAAGACUCCUGGAAAAAGUUUCACACGGAGUAAGAGUUUGAAAAUUUUGCGAAACAUGAAAAAGAGUAUCUGUAAUUCUUGCCCACCAAACAAGCCUACAGAAUCUGUUCAGUCAAAUAACUCCAGCUCAUUUCUGAAUUUUGGUUUUGCAAACCGUUUUUCAAAACCCAAAGGACCAAGGAAUCCACCACCAACUUGGAAUAUUUAAUAAAACUCCAGAUUUAUAAGAAUAUGGGCUGCAAGUACACCUGCAAAUAAAACUACUGGAAUACUGCUAGCUAAAAUAAAUGCUCUAUAUGCAUAAUAUCAAAUAUGAAGAUAUGCUAAUGUGUUAAUAGCUUUUAAAAGAAAAGCAAAAUGUAAGUGCCAGUUUUGCAUUUUCAUAUCAUUUACACUGAGUUGAAAACUGCAAAUAAAAGUUUGUCACUUGAGCUUAUGUAGAGAAUGCUAUAUGAGAAACACUUUUAGAAUGGAUUUUUCAUUUUUGCCAGUUAUUUUUAUUUUCUUUUACUUUUUUACAUAAAUGUAAACUUCAAAAGGUUUGUAAGAUUUGGAUCUCAACUAAUUUCUACAUUACCAGAAUGUACUAUAAAAAGUUAAAAAAAGAACUUACCUUGUGGGUUGCAAUACAAACUGCUCUUGACAAUGACUAUUCCCUAAGUUAUUUUUGCCUAAAUGAAGUAUACCUUGUAAAUCUUCCCAAAUAUUGUGGAAAACUGGAAUAUUAAGAAAAUGAGAAAUUAUAUUUACAAAAAUAAAAUGUGCAAAUAAUGACAAUUAUUUGAAUAUAACAACAAAGGAGUUCAACUGCAUUACUGAUAAGUUUUAAUCAAAGUCAUUAAAUUACCAAUUCUAGAAAAGUAAUCAAUGAAAUAUAAUAGCUAUCUUUUGGUAGCAAAAGAUAUAAAUUGUAUAUGUUUACACAGGAUCUUUCAGAUCAUGUGCAAUUUUUAUCUAACCAUCAGAAAUACUAGUUUAAAAUGAAUUUCUAUAUGAAUAUGGAUCUGCCAUAAGAAAAUCUAUUUCAACUCUAAUUUUAUGUAGUGAAUUGGCGGGUAAUUGUGUUUUACAAAGAAUCCACCUGACUUCCCCUAAUGCAUUAAAAAUAUUUUUAUUUAAAUAACUUUAUAACUUUUGGAAACACGUAGUAUUGUUUAAACAUCAUUUGUUCUUCAGUAUUUUUCAUUCAGAAGCCCAAUAGGACAAACUGAAUGAAAUAUUAUUAGCUGUCUGUUAUAGUACAAUGUAUCCAAUAGAUAAUCAAUAAACUUUUUUGUUUUUAAACUGA